AAGUAAGAAAAUUAUAAGGUCAUUGGAAUUACCAGCGCUACAAGCUAUCCCCACAAUGAAGCGAUAACAGAUAAGAGUGAAAAAAUGAAAUAAACGGGAGCAAAGUCUACCAUAGGAGCCGCGGAAAUAGGUAAAAGGCGGGCGAGUGGCCGUUACACACCGGCGCGUGUGUAUCAGCGCAGGUAAACGGUGGAGGUUUCGCUUAAGCCGAUCAAGGUGGGAUCGUACGGAACAGGUUCCCCUUCUGCCAUAAUACACACGUUAUUGUGACAGCGAAGACCAAAAUCGAGGAUGUUGCGGUUGGCGUGUGCCACGGCCCUUCUCUUUGUUCUCCGGCUGUUCAUCGGCUUACCUUGGUGGCAGGUUCUACCGUCCAUUCUCAUUUUCUACGUGGGUUCCGGAGGAUGGAAGUCCCUCUAUGUGUUUUCAAAGACUAUAUACCGGGACUUGCAUGCAGCCAGUGUAUUGCUGAGGGUAAAACUGAAUGUCAAGAAACACCUACGUGAACGCAACACAGUGCCCAAACUGUUUGCCAAGUCCGUCAAGAAGUAUGGAAACAAGACAGCUCUGAUUUUCGAAGGAACGGAUGAGAAAUGGAGCUUCAAGGAGCUCGAUGAGUACUCCAAUCGCGUGGCCAACUUUUUACUCCAGCAAGGCUUCAGGGAGGGCGAUGUGGUGGCUCUGUUCAUGGAGAACCGCCAUCAGUAUGUUGGCCUCUGGCUGGGCAUGGCGAAGAUCGGCGUGGAGGCAGCACUUAUCAACUUCAACCUGAGACUAGAGGCUCUGGUUCACUGUGUCAACAUCUCCAGCGCCAAAGCUGUGGUGUUCGGCAGUGAGCUAACAGAAGCAAUGUGUGAGGUGCACAGCUCCAUGGGAAAGACUGUUAAGCUCUUCGUCUCUGGUGAAUGGGACCCUAAGCGGGUUCCUGUAGGAACAGAGCAUCUAGACCCGCUCCUGGAGACCACUAGUACAAUCCAGCCCAAACAACCAGAUCGCAGCUUCACAGAUCGGCUGUUUUACAUCUACACAUCCGGAACCACUGGAAUGCCAAAAGCUGCUAUUGUUGUACAUAGUCGGUAUUACCGCAUGGCUGCCUUGGUCUACUAUGGUUUUAGGAUGAAGCCUGAGGAUGUGCUUUAUGACUGUUUGCCGCUUUACCACUCUGCAGGAAACAUAGUGGGAAUUGGACAGGGUUUGAUCCAUGGAAUGACUGUAGUGAUCAGGAAGAAGUUCAGUGCUUCAAAGUUCUGGGACGACUGUAUCAAAUACAACUGCACUAUUGUGCAGUACAUUGGUGAAAUCUGCCGCUAUCUGCUGAACCAGCCCAGAAAGGACACGGAGCGCAAGCACAAAGUGCGCAUGGCACUCGGGAACGGCCUUCGCCAGUCCAUCUGGGAGGAAUUCACCAACCGCUUCAAUGUACCACAGAUCGCUGAGUUUUACGGUGCCACUGAGUGCAACUGUAGCCUGGGCAACUUCGACAACAAGACAGGUGCUUGUGGAUUUAAUAGCCGAAUCCUGCCCUAUGUCUACCCUAUCCGCUUGGUCAAAGUGGAUGAGGAGACCAUGGAGCUCAUCAGAGGACCUGAUGGAGUCUGUAUCCCAUGCGGUCCAGGAGAGCCUGGUCAGCUGGUGGGUCGAAUCAUUCAGAACGACCCCCUCAGGCGAUUUGAUGGCUACGUCAAUCAGACAGCCACUAAUAAGAAAAUUGCCCAGGAUGUCUUCAAAAAGGGAGACAGUGCAUAUUUGUCAGGGGACGUGCUGGUGAUGGACGACUUUGGCUAUAUGUAUUUCAGAGAUCGCACAGGAGACACGUUUCGCUGGAAAGGAGAAAACGUUUCCACUACUGAGGUUGAGGGAACACUGAGCCGACUGCUGGACAUGAAAGAUGUGGUGGUGUACGGAGUGGAGGUGCCAGGUGCUGAAGGUAAGGCAGGGAUGGCAGCCAUAGCAGACCCGGAAAACAAUACUGACCUAGCCAAGUUUAGCAGGGACCUGGAGAAGGCCCUGCCACCCUAUGCCCGUCCUGUGUUUCUGCGCUUUCUACCAGAAGUGGACAAAACAGGAACUUUUAAAUUCCAGAAGACAGACAUGCGACGGGACGGAUUCGACCCCAACAUUGUUUCCGACAAACUCUACUUCCUGGACUGCACUAAAGGACAGUAUGUGGAGCUGAAUGCAGAGCUUCAUCGCAACAUCGUCUCAGGAAAGCAAAAAUUAUGAGACUACUGCCAAGCUCCACCCCAUUUCCCUCAAAACCCCGCCUUCAAGACCCCUCAAACCCCGCCCUGUCCUCAUAACUCUGCCCCUCGAUACCUCAGCAAACACAGUGAGGGGCCGCAGGAAUGCAUUCUGGCUGCAUAUUCAGAUCCCCGUCUAUUCAUUUUCACAGCACACCUCUCUUACAAAACAGGACUGAAGAAGCAUUCAGCCAUCGUGAAAACAAAAAAA